ACUUACCUUGAUGCUCCGCUGUUUAAAUCUUGGCUUUAGGACUGUUCAAUCUUGUGUUUUGCACAAGGUGAGUAGCUCGGAAUGACGUGGGCGGAUUGGGAAGAGGAUAAGCGAACUAGAGGAGGACCAAAGGGAAGCAAAGGGGAUGGAAGAGAGGGGCAUGGCUUUGUAGGGUAUGAUUGUGCCUUGGCUGUUGCGUGUGAAAUGGAGGCCCGAAAAGACUAAGGGCCGGAAUCGUUUCGUGAAUGGAACGCGUGGGCCAGACAAGGGAAACGAUAGUGGCUUAGGGGAAGGACGGCAGGGCCGCGCCCCGAUGAUGCCGGAGAUCUGUCAUGACGCUAGGGAAAUGGCUGAGCUAGGUGAGAACUUGGAUCAUUUCAGAAUGAUCGUGCGUGUGGAUAGCUCUUGCUUGCAGGCAAAGGUUCAAUUGUUACCGACAAAGGCACUGAUGGUGAAACGAGAGUUCGCAGUGGGGGGUACUAAGCUAACAUUGCGUGGCAGUGUACGGCUACGCCGGUCCUAUGUGGACCGAAAGGCGGUUCAAAUAACGUCUAAGUACGACGGCAAAGAAGACAUUGAAUCCUGGAUCAGCUCCAUGAGGGCAUGCUUCGAGGUUCUGGGGACUCAACCUGAGACUCAGUCCGUGAUCAUGGGAAUGAAUGUUGAGCCGGUCGUGAGGGGCUUCUUAGAGGUCCAAGCUACGCGAGUUGGGAUUCCCAAAAUAGAACUAACAAGGUGGCUUAAGACCCCCCUGGUUGCCUCCCACGAAGAACUCCUCAUUUCACAAUACUUGGAUCCACAUGCUGCAGCAAGGGCAAGAAUCCAGCUUGACAAAAUGAAGCGCAACAAGUGGACGGGCUCCAUGAAAAGCCUGCAGACUUACCUUAGCAAGAUGCUCGCUACACCCGGAUUGGAACCGACUGCUCAAUCUUGCUUGGAUGUGGUCAAGGGCGCGGUUCCCCCCAACUUUACUAAUCGCCUAGGCAGGGACUUCAUUGGGUACACUGACUGGUUCACUCUAAUGAAGGACAUAGUCAGUCUUGAGGCUGUAGACCUCGUCACCACAGCAGGCAGCAAAAAGCCCAUGGGCGGUAGGCGGUUCAAAGGCAGCAACCGUUUUGCUGUGCAUGACCUGCUGGAGGCCGAAGAAGAAGCCGAUGCAGAUGACCCCACUCUUGAUGACGACCAGGAACAGGACUAUGCUACAACUUAUUCGAUCGCCUCUAUACGCGACCUGCGACCGGAUCUAGGGGAUCCCUUUGCUGAUCCCCCACCCCCAUCGGUCCCACCAGACAUCCAAAACCUCCUUGAUCGGUUUCUGGAAGUUCUGGCCAAGCCACAUGGAGUCCCCACGCGAUCGGUUCGACACACCAUCGAGUUGGUUGAAGGUGUUGUUCCUCCAAAGGGCUGCGUAUAUCGAAUGGGACCCGGCGUGUUGGAGGAACUCCGGCAACAGAUUGAUGAGAUGAUUGACAAGGGGUGGAUCAAGCCUAGCGAAUCUGAAUUUGGUGCUCCUAUGUUGUUUGUUCCAAAGAAAGGAGGCAAACUCCGCAUGUGUAUUGACUAUCGCGGCCUAAACCGCAUCACAAGAAAGAACGCCUAUCCAUUGCCCCGAAUAGAUGACUUGCUUGACGCCGCAGGUGGAUGCAAGGUCUUCUCCAAGAUUGAUCUCAAGUCUGGCUACCACGAGAUUGAAGUCGAUCCUGCGGACCAGCACAAAACUGCGUUCAAAACACGCGAUGGGCUUUACGAGUUUACCGUAAUGCCCUUCGGUCUCACGAACGCACCGGCCACCUUCCAAAGCCUCAUGGACAAAGUCCUCCGCGAACAGAUUGGCCGGUUCAUGGUGGUCUACCUCGAUGACAUACUAUUCUUCAGCAAGUCCAUGGAGGAGCACCUCAAGCACCUUGAGGAAGUACUGACCAUCCUCAAGAAGACGCAACUCCAUCUCAACUUAGAGAAAUCUGAGUUCGGGAAGGAUAGUGUCAUCUAUCUUGGGCACCGGUUGUCUGCUGCAGGCCUAGAGCCUGAGGCAACCAAGGUGGAUGUCAUAAGCAAUUGGCCUCAGCCCGUGAAUUUUCACGAGUUGCGCUCUUUUCUUGGUCUCGCGUCAUACUAUCCGAAGUUUGUACCCCGCUUCUCCAUUGUUGUGCGACCAUUGUCUCGAUUGAUAAGUAAGAAUGUUCCCUAUUCUUGGGAUACCGCGUGCACGAACGCCUUUCAAGCUUUAAAAGAAGCCUUGGUAAGUUACCCAGUACUUCGCAUUGCAGAUCCCAAACCAACAUUCGUAGCUAAUACGGAUGCGAGCCAGUAUGGAAUCAACGCAAUGCUGCAGCAAGACGACGACGAUGGCUCGCGGCCGCUCGAGUACUACAGCAAACGCAUGCCCAGCGUAAAGCUUAUUGCGGAUGGAAUAGCCAAGUACCAAGCCGAUCAAAAGAAGGCGGCUGGGAAACGGGUUUUAACAGUGACUCAGCCUCAGGCAAAAGCUGCGAAGAAGGUGGUUGAGCAGGUGGAAGACGAUGAUGACGAUGAAGAGGAAAACCCGAGCAGUCAGGGCCGAGGCAAUGGAGGCCGCGAACGGGGUAACGGUAAAGGUGGACAAGGCGGUCAAGGGGGCGGACGUGGAGGCAAUUGGAAUGGGCAAGGCGGGAAUGAUAGGCCAAGGUUUGAUUGGAGAAAUGCCAUUUGCCAUCAUUGCGCACUAAAAGGGCAUACCUUCAGGUUUUGCCAAGUUCGGAAUGUAGAUGAGGGAAAUGGCCUUAUCUCGACGAACAUGGACAGAGAUGUCUGUGAUAUGUAUGGGAAAUACAUUGACCGUAAGAUUGCAGGUGGUAUGCGAAAGGAGGCGCUUCGUCGAGCCGAACUAGGUCUGCCACCACCGGCCAUGUUCCGACUCUGGCAAGAGGAAGAUGUCAGGUCAACGAUAAAAGUGGAGGAACUGGCCAAUAGUAAGUCCGAAGAGGACAUCAGGAGGGAAGAGCCAGUUGUGAUAGAAAAAGAGGAGGAAGAAGAAUCAUAUUGUCAGGGAAGGGCUAUAGAUACGAUGGAGCGAAUGGAAGACCUCGUUGAGAAGAUGCAGAGGUUGAAUUUGAAAAUGAGGUCCAUUUGCGACGAGGUGGCGAAGCCGAUGGUUUGCUUACUAGGCUCAGAGACAGGGUCAUCGAGUGUCAGAUCGGCUUGUUAGACCUUGGGGUGAACCCCUCGAUCUGGCAUUACAUUCCGACCUCCUCGAGGGCAACCAACAUUCCCACAAGCCGU